AUGGCGGCCGACCUCAUUCAGACAGCACGCACCCAAGCAGCGACCCUCUCCGCUGACAGCCCGUGUUCGGACGGGCUGCUCGUCCUGCACCCACUUGCGGCCUACAUGACCAGUCUGCCUACCCCUGCGAUGGUACUGGUCACCGACUACGCCCUCUGCUUCGACACGGGCGCCUCUCGAAAAGCAUAUGGCCGCUCGAAUGCUACGAAAGCCGACAAAACUACCACAUUUUCCACAAUGAGCGUCGCAAUUCGAGCCCAAGGCAAUCCUGACAUUCCACGCGUCUUUCUCUGCGGAAGUCAACACCGCAAAAUCGGUGUCAAAGAUGCAGCAGCAGAUCACUGGCACUAUGUGAUGGUCAUGAAGCUUGCCGGCGCGUGGCACAUCUUUACCACUGGUGGAGUAGAGGAUCAUGGCACGGGCAAGGCUCGCGUAGUGUCGUUACAGGGCAUGUCGGUCGUGGCGCAUCUCCUUCGCCAGACCCACCGUAAGCCUCAAGCGACGGCGUGGGUCAAGAAGAGAGAGGUGGAAGAGAGCAGUUGUAUUGCUGAUGCGGUCGAGGCGGCGAUGGAGGUCUUCGAGGCGGUUGCAGUGCAUGGAAAGCAGGGCGAGGAGAUCUUGUCGUACCCCGGUCUUGUCGCAGGACGGAAGGGGGUGGUAUUGACGCUUCCGCUGGCCUUGCCGGUACCUGCCACCAUCAUCGCCGUACCAUCGCAGACACCGUCACCGUCACCGUCACCGCCGCCGUCGAUCCGGGCCAUCGCCGAUGCGCACGCCUGGUUCACGCGUCCACCCGUGCAAGUAUUGUACAGCCACGACGCCGAGCAGGACUCUGAGUGGCUACCGCUUACGGCUUCACCACUACCGACCGACUGCUCCCUCGCCAACCCACGACGUGACGCGAUCAUCAGGACUCGAUGGCCGCAAGCGAGCGGUCUGGCGCCGUUGAGCACACCUCGUCCCGGCACCCCUGAAGGAAGCGCGCAAGGCAAAAUACGAGAGAGUGAGGAGGAAGACUGGAGCUAG